UCCAUCUCAAAACAACAACAACAACAACAACAACAACAACAACAAAAAGAAACUAGAUGUGCUGGCUAAUUUAUAUCCAAAUAAUUCAUUUUGCCCUUGUUAUGAAUGUGACUUCAAGGAUAGGGCAACAUCACAUGGCACAUAUUCUCAACCUGAAUUUCAUCUCAGUGUCUCUGUCAAAGUGGACGCUGCAGGUGCCUGGUGAGAGCAUUUUUUGAGGGUAGUGGAGGCCUUUUCCUUCCCUGGGUCCCAGGUCUGUGAGGCUCAAACCUCUCUUCCUAGUCUUGCCUUGAUUACCACACUAAAUAUGUCAUUUAGCAAAUCCUUCUGAUAAAGGCUCUUUUGUACUUCAAGUAAAGAAACCCAUAUCAGAGUGUCUAUUAUAUACCUGCCACUGUCUCCUUCAUUUAAUCAGCCAUUGCCUGGGGAAGAGGUGGGGCUGAGCUUAAGCAAGGUCACUGGUUUGCUGUAUCCCAAAGGUGUUUCCAUUUCUGCAUGUUACUGGGCUGGGAGGAUUUGGGGGGUGAGGACUGUAUUUUGCACUUUGUAUUCCUGGUAAAGAAUCUAGCACGGUGACAAUCAGUAUUUGUUGAGUGCACAAAUUUGUUUCAAGAGCAGAUCUCCUGUCUUAGUUUAGCUUGAGCAGCCCAGAACACAAGUAAGUGCCAUUAAUCUGGCACAUCAUCUGUGUUCCAGGAAGUCAAAGGGAAACCUAACGUGAGAAAUGUGAACAUUUAAAUUAAAAGCACUUACAACUAUUUAAUGUACCAUCCUGAUUCUAAUUAAUGCAGAAGUUAAUUUGAUGAAAAUUGGGAGAAAUCACAGCAGCAAUCCUGCUCUGAACUUGAUAAAGAGUUAUACAGUACCUCCUGCUCCUUGGGGAAUGGAGGGUGCUAGUGAACUGAUGUAACCUGGAUUUUGUCUGUUCCCAUUUUCAAGUGGCAGAAUUCUAUGGAAUACUUGAAUUAAUUGAUAUUCCCGUUAUAGUUGCCUAAAGACUCAGGCCUUGGGAGUCAUAACCAUGUGGCACAAAGUUUAAAUUAAUUCUGUGGCAGUUUUCGAUAGGAUCAUUCAUUCAUUCUGUGUAUUUUACUGAGCACCAACUUGGGCUCCAGGUAUAUAUCAGUCAAAUAGACAUAGUAUCUGCCAUCAUGGAGUGUACCGUGUGAUGAAGAAACAGCAUCAGUAAGUACACAAGAAAAUAAAUCUCUCAGUGCAAACUGUGAUAUAUGUUUGUUAUGAUGAAAGUGAAUAGGAUACGGGGAGAGGUAGAGAGAUGUGAGGUGACUUCACCGAGAGAACAGUAUGUGCAAGGUCACUUGGGUGCAAAGGAGCUUGGCAUGUUGAGGGUGCUGAGAAGCUAAGUGCGAGCCAGUGUGCCUGGAACAUGCUCAGGAGGAGGAGCUGGUGUUAAAUGAGGCAAGAGAGACCAGCAGGGCCCAGGGCACGCCGGGCUUUGUAGGAGGUACAUGGAUUCGGAUUUUGAAUCACUGUGCAAAGACCAUUAUAAUUGAUUUAAACAUUUAUGCAACUUUUGGUCUGAGAGCAUUGAAUGAAUAGAGACUGUGCACCCAUUAGUCUUCUCAAGGUAAAUAUUAGAAUUCUUAAGUUAGAUCCAUUUUUGUUCCUGUGGGAACACAAUUUUAUAUGGUCAUAUAUGAUUAUGGGAAGAUAGAUUUUUGAUAUUCAAAUAUUCAGGUAACAUUAUCAUUUAGUUAUACAUAGUAAAUCAAAAAAUAAAGCAAACCCAAGUUGUUUCCAGUUGUAAAGAAGGUAGCAUGGCUAUACAGUUUCCUGUUCUCCUGUGGAGACGGUGGAGGGGAAAUUCCAUGUGCCUCUGCAUUUUCUGCAUGUGUUGUGAGCUAGUCCCUAACUACUCUUUGUUCUGAAUACCUUUUCUAGGAUGUUUGUGUGGGGAGAAGCCUUGAACGGUAGAAAUCAUGUCCCCUUUGUAGCAAAGGACAGGCUUGCUUAUAGCAUUGGAAAGUAGAGGUAGUGUUUCCCCUCAGAGCACAGGGCAGAUAGGUUUACUACCCCCUGUAAAAAAAUUGGGGCUCCUUAAGCUCAGGGUUUCUCUCCUGAAAUGAAGCCCACUGUAUGUGCAAGUAUCCAUCUGGGCCUACCUACAUUACUCCAAGGGGAAGGGGAACUGACCAGACAUACUGAUGCUUGUGCCACUUGCUGUGCGAUGAGGAAACAAGGCUCCAGAGGGAAGAUCACCUGCCUGGUGUCAGCUUGCUCACUGGUAAGGAGCUUCUGAUUCCAAAGCCGGUGCUCCUGUGCUCCUCACCGUUGCUGUCCACACCUCUUGGCAAAUGGAGGCUUAUGAAUUCAUCAGGAAACUGUGAACUAGGACAUACAUGUGAAUUUAGGGAAGUUCCGAAGAUUUUUAUUUAUUUAUUCACCUGAAAAAUACAGGAUUUUCACUAACCUUGGACCAUAUAUUUGCCAGGAAGAAUGUAAGUUCUCCAACAUCUUCAAAUAAAGAAGUGGUUAUGAAGAAUGAUCAGAAUAAUGGAGGUACGAAACCAGUCCAGAAUUUCACAACAAUACCAAUCACACAGGCUCUCAACUACAAUCUGAGCAAAGAAGGGCAUUUAGAAAAAGAACCUUGGAAUGCAUUCAGCCAUCAUGGCCCAGUUAAUGUCUCCAUCGAUGGAAUUUCUUGCAUUCUCUUCUGGGCCAAAAGAAUCACGAUUAAAUUUAAGAAUCAAACCUGGCUGGACCUUACAGACGAGGCAUUUGGUCAGAAGGUAACAGUGGACCCUGACAACUCAAAUUGCACUGAAGAAAGUGCUAGGUUGUCUUUGAAGCUUGUUGAUGCUGGAAACCCCAGAGGUCUUGCUAUAAGAUUCAUCCUUACCAAUUACAACAAGUUGUCCAUCCAGAGCUGGUUUACUUUGCGCCGAGUCGAGAUCGUUUCCAACAAUUCAAUCCAAGCAGUCUUUAACCCAACUGGCAUACAUGCUCCCUCCGGUUACUCCUACCGCUGCCAACGCGUGGGCAACCUGCCGCGGGACCAGGGCCUCUUGCUGCCUAGCGACACGGAUGAUGGGUCGAGCCUGUGGGAGGUCACUCUUAUUGAUUUCCAGAUCCAAGGUUUUGCCAUCAAGGGGGGACGGUUUACGAAGGCCCAAGACUGCGCCUCCUCCUUCUCGCCAGCUAUUCUGAUUGGCCUGGCAACGUCCCUGAUCCUGCUGCUGGUGUUGGCCUACGCCUUGCACAUGCUCAUCUACCUGCGGUAUCUGGACCGGCACUACGAUCUCAUCGCCUCUCCUGCCCACUUCCCGCAGCUGAAAGCUCGAGACACAGCUGACGAGAAGGAGCUGCUGAGGAGCCAGGGGGCUGAAUGCUAUGAACUGAGAAGCCAACAGAUCAGCAAAAUCUAUGUUUAGCAGCACAGGCUGGCCCCCACCACGUCCACAGUGGGCUCCGAAAGUUGUUUCUGUUCUACGCUAUUUGACUUGUGAAUUACAGAUUUUCACCAAAUGGAUUGAUUACAAAAGAAAAAAAAAAAAGAAAAAAAAGAAAAAGGAAAUAUAUAAUGAAUUCUUUUUGAACCAUCCUCUGGCCUACGUAGGUAGACUUGGGGCAAUGAAAAAAGGCAUCUCAGGGACCCCACAAAGACAAAUAUGACUGUUAGUUGCCUCAAAGUACCCUGAAAACAAAGGAGUAUUUCAAGUAGGGAAAAAGAAAGACAAAGAGAGAGAGAGAAAGAAAAAGAAGGAGGAGGAGGAGGAGGGGAGGAAGGGAGGGAGAGAUGGAGGGAGAGAGAGAGAAAGAUUGGCAACACAGAGAAAGGAAAACACACUCGGUCCUCCUUGCCUGUGCCAGUUUGGAUGUGAUAAUUAUAGAAAUAAUAAACCCAAGAUUAUCUGGAGGUUCAUAAUUUAAACUAUUUUGUAACAUAAUUUGCAUUUCUAGAUAUUAUGUCCCAAUUUUGUUUUAAAAAUAGUCUUUUUCUCUUUCACAGAAAUGUUGAGGGAGGACUCCAGUCCAUGUGGCAGAGCACUUUAUUUAAGGACCUUCUUGUCCUUUACUUUGCUGUUCAGAAGCAGUACAGCUCCAUCUGUGAAGUAGGGGUAAUAGUCUUGGCCAUAUUUUACCUUUCCAUCUGGUCAAGGUGCCAGCGUUGUCUCAUUUGUCUGAUUUAGACCUCUGUGAGCUCUCAUAGGUCCACUUGGAAUAAACAAUAGAGCGAAGCAAUAACAGUGUGCUUGCUAUGCAAACACAGCUUUGAGACAUAUCCCCUGAUCUUCCUUCCAAUGAGAUAGUGUCCUCUAAAUGCCUCCUUAAUAGAAAUUCUAGAGCUACCCCUGAUGUUCUUACUGUCACUGUCUUUCAUAUGCAUUCCGCAGCAUCCUUUUCAGCUCUUGGCAGAUACUGAAGAUUGAUUCACUCUUCAUCCUCACCAAAGCGUCUCUAAUAAUAUGCCUUCUGUCUUAAAGAGAUCUUAAAUAUAAAGAUGACAUUGCAUUUUCCCAGCUAGGGUUCAGUACAGGACCUAGGUUCUACAAGAAGAUACUCCUACACAAAACUUAGAAUGCAGACGGGAACCAUGUGCAGUGGAGGGUCACACACAGAGCAAGAGAAUCUUCUGGGCAGCUGUCAUGAUGGGUCUGCUGUCUAGUCCCAUCCUAGUUGGCAAGCAGUAGAUGAUAAUGACAGCGAGUUUUCUGAUGGGACAGUCUCAUGUUGGGCAUUUAUUUUGGCUGCAAUUUUCUUGGCUGUGAAUGUAGGUUUGGUUCUGGCCCUCUCAGAAUUCUGUAAGAUCCUAUACUUUAUAGCAAAUUUCUUUCUGUUUUAAUAACAGAGUUGAUUCUGUAGUCUGCAAUGAAGAAUCCUGAUUUAUGUAGUUGUUAGUACCAAGAGGAUUGCAGGGAACAGACUCAAGAAAAUGCGAAUCUGUGAUUGAUUAUCCAACUCCAUUUGGCUUUAAACCAGUGGAAACUGUCAGCCUUAGAGAAUGGUAUUCAGUAAUCAAACAGAUUUUUACUGUGGUUCGCUUGAGCA